GGCGGCCGGCAGCUGGCGCGGCGGCGGCGGCGAGGCCGGGAUGGGACGGGCGCUGGGACGCAGGAGCCGCGGAGGCGGUGGCGGCGGCGGCCGGGGCCACGCCACUCGGGCCAAGCGCAGGGCCGCCGGCGAGGGCGCGGGGCGCUGAGCCUGGACCCCGCUCUCCUCCGCGCCUGGCGCAGCCCAAGAAGCGCCGCCCGCCUGCGCCCGGGAAGAGCCAUGUCCGCAGCCCCGGCGUAGCCCCCCGGUCGCUCCCGGGAGCCGCGGGCCGGGCCGGGCGCGCGACCGGAGCAGCGCCCCCCGCGCCCCCGCGCGCCGAGGACCAUGCCGCCCCCGGGCCGGGCGCCGCCGCUCGGGCUGCUGCUGGCGCUGACCGCGCUCCGGUGCCCAGGGACGGAGGGCCGCGGGGUGGCCGACAGCCUGCAGCGCUUCUCCUCGCUGCCCGCCUACCUCCCCGCCCGCAUCCAGCUGGCGGGCGCCGACCAGGCCUUCUUCCUCAAGGAGGCCCCCCAGGACGUGACGGGCAACGCCAGCCUGCAGGCGCGCGCGGAGCCCUUCUUCGUGUUCCGCGCCCGCUCGGCCCCGGCCGUCAACGCCAGCUACGGCCCGUUCUCCGCGGAGCAGCCGGUGCCACGGGAGCUGCUGCUGACCGCCCCGGCCUUCCCCGUCCCCCCCGACGGCUUCCCCUUGAACUGGAGGCUGCGGGCCCACGUCCUGGGCAGCGCCAUCUACUCCAACCGGCCCAAGGUGCAGACGCUCUUCUACGUCACCGGCCGGGACUGGGGCGCCGGCGACCCCGGGGACACCCUGCCCUGCGUCAAGAUGUUCGCCUUCCCCGAGGCCCGGGAGGUGGCGGCCAGCUGCCGGCUGCGGGGGGCGCCGGGGCUGUGCGUGGCCGAGCUGGAGCUGCUGCCCGAGUGGUUCAGCUCGGGGCUGGACCUGGAGCCCGAGGAGGAGAUCCCGGCGCUGCUGGGAGGCACGGCCCUGGAGCUGUUCUUCACGCUCUACCCCGCCGACCCGGCCGGCCGCUGCCCCCUGGACGAGGAGGGCAAGUGGGCCAACCACAUCCACGCGGGCCCCGAGGCGCCCCCGCCCGCGCCGCCCGCCCGCCAGCGCAUCGGCAGCGUGGUGGUCUACCCGACCCAGGACGACCUGCGCUGGUCGCCGCUGCGCCUGGACCGGAACGUGGUCCUCUCCGUCCCGCUGAACCUGGUCCGCGAGGGGGGCACAGCCACCUUCCUGGUCUCGCUGGCUGGCGGCGCCGUGGCCGACCACUUCACGCUCAGGAUCAAGGCCGCAGCAGGUGUGAAGAUCGUGGCCGUGAGGGUCAGCAGCGAAGAGCAGUGGGCCGUCCAGGAGGAAAUCGACAACAGCGGCGCUCAGGCCACGGCCACCCUCACCUGUGCGGGCCCCCACCCGGACCCGCAGGGCAGGGUGAACGGCUCCCUCGCGGAGAUCCUGCAGGUGGACCUGGGAGUGGACAACAGCAGCGGCCUGGCCGGGGCCCAGCCCGUCACGUGGCAGGUGGAGUACCCGGAGGAGGACGCGGCGGGCGAGCUCGUGGUCUCCGAGAUCUUCGUCAGCCAGACCAGCUUCGUGGGCAUCGUCCCCCUCGCGAUGGACACGGAGAUCCUGAACACGGCCAUCCUGACCGGCCAGGCCGUCUCGGUGCCCGUCAAGGUCGUGGCCGUGCAGGAGGACGGCUCUGUGGUGGCCGUGGCCGAGGCCCUGGAGUGCAGGUCCGCGGACGAGGACGUCGUGAAGGUCUCCGAGCGCUGUGACUCCGUGUUUGUGAACGGCAAGGAGAUGAGGGGCCGUGUGGACACGCCCGUGAGCUUCACCCACCAGCACUUCACCGCCCAGUUGGAGGUCACGGUCUGGGCGCCCCGGCUGCCCCUGCAGAUCGAGAUCUCGGACACGGAGCUGAGCCAGGUCAAGGGCUGGCGGGUCCCCGUGGCGCCCAACCGGAGGCCCACACGGGAGAGCGAGGACGAGGAGGACGAGGAGAGGAAGGGGCGCGGGUGCUCGCUGCAGUACCAGCACGCCCUGGUGCGCGUCCUCACGCAGUUCGUGGCCGAGGCGCCCGACCCGGGCCGGCUGCGCCCCCUGCUGGGCCCCGACUGGCAGCUGGACAUCACCGACCUGGUGGCCGGCUUCCUGACGGUGGAGGAGCCGCGGGUCGCGCAGCUGCAGGGCGGCCGGACGCUGGCGGGCCGCGAGCCGGGCAUCACCUCCGUGCAGGUCCUCUCGCCGCUGUCGGACUCCAUCCUGGCCGAGAAGACGGUGACGGUGCUGGAGGACCGCGUGGCCAUCGCUGACCUGGGCGUGCAGCUGGUGGCCGGGCUGUCGCUCUCCCUGCAGCCGCACCGGGACGACCGCCGAGCCAUCGUCGCCACGGUGACGGCCCAGGACGUCCUCCAGGCCCCCGGGCAGGAGGCGAUCGUCAGCUCCUGGAUCCUGUUCAGCGACGGCGCGGUGACCCCCCUGGACAUCUACGACCCCCAGGACUUCUCCGUGUCCGUCUCGUCGCUGGACGAGAUGGUGGCGUCCGUGCGGCCGAACCUGCAGCCCCAGUGGCCGGUGGUGGCGGCGGAGGGCGAGGGCCAGGGGCCCCUGGUGAAGCUGGAGAUGCUCAUCAGCGAGCCCUGCCAGAAGACCAAGAGGAAGAGCGUCCUGGCCGCCGGCAAGGGCCACGUCAAGGUCAAGUUCGACCCCCACGUGGACCGGGGCCACGGAGCCACCAACGACAUCGAGGGCGUGAGCCGGGAGUACCAGGACCCCCUGAGCAACUCCAUCCCGCGCGGGGGAGGCCGGGAGCGGGCGGCCCCGGGGUGGCCCCCCCACGGCGCCCCGGCCGGCCACCGGGACAGCGCCAACCGGAGCGCCACCCCGCCGCCGCCCCCCCUGGGGAGGAAGGACGCGAAGCGGCCCCCGGGCGGCGGUCCCGACGCCUUCACGAGCUUCCCCACGCAGGGGCGGUCGCAGGGGCCCAACCCCGCGGCCGGCGAGCUCACGGCGGCCUCCCGGGGGCUCUCCGACCUGGAGAUCGGCAUGUACGCGCUGCUGGGCGUCUUCUGCCUGGCCAUCCUCGUCUUCCUGGUGAACUGCGUGGCGUUCGCCCUCCGGUACCGGCACAAGCGGUUCUCCGUGAGCGAGCAGGGCGCCCUCCCGCACUCCCACGACUGGGUGUGGCUGGGCCACGAGGUGGAGCUGCUGGAGAGCCCGGUGGACGUGACGCUGCCCUCGGAGGAGUGUGCCCCGGGGCUGGACCGGGGGCUGCCCUUCGAGGAGGGGAGCUUUCUCCUGAACGGGGGCUCCCAGGAGGCGCUGCCCAGCCAGCUGCUCCGGCCCCCCGAGUACGUCUACGAGAAGGACCCGCGGCGCCCGCCCGCCACCCCCUCGGCCCCCAAGAGGAAGCGGGUCAAGUUCACGUCCUACACCACCAUCCUGCCCGAGGAGGGCGGCCCCUACACCGACUCCAUCCUGUUCCACGGCGAGGACAGCAUCAAGUGGGUGUGCCCGGACCUGGGGCGGGGGGACCCCCGGGACUUCCGGGACUACAUGGAGAGGCUGCGGGACCAGAUGUGAGCACAGCACGUGUGUGCGUGCGUGGGAUUCACCUUUAUGCCUUCUGUUUUCGCGGUCGGGGGGGCAGGGCGGGCGGCGGGCGCAUGGGAUGGGACGGCGCGGUGUCUGCAGGGGGGUCCCACCGGAGCAGGGCAGAGCGCCGAGAGUAGAGCUGCUGGGGUGUUUUUUAAAAAAAAUAAAUUUUUAUUGAUUUCAGAGGGAGAGGGAGAGAGAAACAUCAAUGCUGAGAGAAGCAUGGAUCGGCUGCCUCCUGCACGCCCCGCACUGGGGAUCGAGCCCGCAGCCCGGGCAGGUGCCCUGACGGGGAAUCGAACCUUGACCUCCUGGGGUUUAAGUUGGGAAAUGUCUCUGAAACGGCCGCCCGUGGGUCCCGGAGAAAUGCUCCCACGAGUCUUACCCGCUGCCUGGUCCCGGCUCCGUUCCGACCGGACAGACCCAGCCCAGAGGACAUGGCCUGUCGCCCCGGACGCACGCUGGGCCGGCGACGCGGGGAGGACUCGGUGUGACUUGUCCAGCCCUGGACCCUCUGAAGCACAGCGGGCGCCCUGGCCUGGCCUGGGAUGGACGCCCCCUGCCCUGGCCUGGCCUGGGAUGGACGCCCCUGCCCUGGCCUGGCCUGGGAUGGGCGCCUGGAAGCUGCUGACGGUGCCCCCCGGGGCGCGCGGCCGGCUCCCUCAUUUCCACCCGCCUCUGCAGCCGCCUCCUGUGACCUCGCCGGCCUUUGGGAAACAUGAAGAAAAGAAAUGUCUUUGUUUCCCCUCUGACAUCCGUUCGAUUUCCACGCGUCCCAGUCACGCCCGUGCUCCCGCGUGGGGUCCGGGAGUCUCCCGCGUCCGGUUUGCUGUCUCCCUGUCCCCCACGCUCCACCCCCCGGGGCGCCGGGCGCUUCCCCUCCCCCGUGUCCCCUCCGUCUCGUUGUGGACCCGCUGGUGUCGCGGGACAUGGGCUCUCGGAAGCUGUGGCUGUGCCGGGAGGGCGGGCGCGUCCUCCUGGUUUUCUACGCGGAACCGAACGCUGCAGAACAGUCGUGACCCGCAAACAGCGCUUCGUCUCCUGCGAGUCGGGGUUCGCGGGGAGCCCCCCACCCCCCAGCGCAUCUCUGGGGCUAGAAGAGCUCCCCACGGUGCAGCGGCCGCACCGACCCCACAGUGAAACCAACAGACACGGCAAGGAGCUCGCACAGGAGCUCGCGUCAGGUUAAACUUCCCGUUUUCCCGGAACAAAAACCAUUUUUACCAGGCGGGGUGACGUUUUAACUCAGCGACAUGCAGGAAUCCUCCCCAGACCAUCCUCCCCCAACGUCCCCCAGCCACGGCUCCGGUGGGGAGAGAGCCGACAGGGUGCGACCUGCGGGCGUCCGGCCGCUCCGUUUAACCGACGGAGGCCUGAGCUCAGCGGCCGGCCCCGCGCCCGCCGGGGUUUCGGGGUUCAUGGCCCAGAUGCCUGAGCAAUGGGUCCCGCAGGAUGCACCGUGGGCGAGUCCCCACCUCGGCCCCCCCCUCCGCCCCCCGCAUCCCCCCAAACCCAGACGCCAGCGGCUCGGGAGGGGCCUUGGGCUGUGGACUCUGAGUCGGGGGUGGGGGUACGUGCUCCCAGGGGCCCAGGUGACCUGACAGCCGAGAGGUGACCCAGUUCCCAGAGCGCCCCGGGGAGCGGCCUGGAGAGAAGCAGGAGCAGCCACGUGGAGGCCUGGAGGCCGGGGUCCCCCAGCUGCGGCCCCAGGAGGGAACCCUGAUCUCUCGGCUGUCGUAUCUCACCCACUGGGCGGACUGGAAUGACCCCUCUACACGGACGGGGUGUCUAUGCACAGACCCCCACGCGGGGAAGCGGGGUUCACGCCUGCCCCCCACACCGUCCACCGCAGGAGGUGCCUGACGCACUUGUCAGUCUCACCAAGUCGGCUGCUGUGGGUGUCCUCAGCUGUCUGUCCGCUGUGUUAGAGUGGGUCUCUGAUGUUGGGGUGCGCCCCCCCAGGCUCUGUCUGUCUGUCUGUCGGCGGGGACACUCCGCUGCCCUCGGUGGGUCCCCCCUGUCGCCCCCCCCCCCCGGGGUUUUCUGCUCCAAUCAUCUCAAAAAUGGUCUCCAUUCUCCGUUCUGGUCUCUGUCCACCACGUCCCGGUGGCCCGCACGCCCAGCAGCCGUCCCGCCCACAACGCACACACGUGUGGGGUGACCCGUGUUCCCAGGCAUGGAAGGGACCGGGGGCGGAGUCAUGCUAACACAUGGACAGCAGAGAUGCCUGUAUGUCAUGUAAGCAGCACACGGAACACUCCAGGCGUGUGGGGAUACGCACCUUUCAAAUACGAGCACGCAGAGCCGUAGCGCUGACAGGUGCAGGCGUGGGGCUCGGCGUGUGGCCUGAUGGCGGGACGCGUGCAGGCAGCACCGCGAAGGGCGUGGAGUCCGGGAGGUGCCGGGGAGGGGAGGGCGCGUGGGACGGUCGCUGGGACCUGCCGGGACGUUUCAGUCUCACGCGUCAUGACGUCUGGGUUGUUCUUUCCUUUUCCUUUUCUUUUUUUCUGGAACCAUUUCAGAAAUAAAGUGACCCCAUCUUCCAGCAUAAAGUAUAUUCUAACCACAGGGUAGCGCUCCUUUUUAACAUGGAAAUAAACGUUGAGACCUUC